GGUCUGCGCACCUCUAGUCGCUGGCAAAAAAAAGAACGAAGCGCCGCAUCCGCUGGAAAAUUGUUCCAAAAAGCCAUUCAAGAGUUGACACGGGUCAAGAGAGCUCGCCUCCAACAGAGACGACACGUAGCUGACGCUGACCAUCAGCAACUCCCGAACUCCUAGCCAGGAGCAGCAGCAAAGACAGGCGCCGCCUCCCAGCCAGGAGGUAACCCAACAAAGCGUGCCGGUGGAACGAGGCAACAAGCGCAUUUUGGCAUUUUAGCAAAGGAAGCGCCAGCGAAGUGAAAGUCCCAGAGUAAGAGGUCCAUUAGUGCGGAAAGAUGAGUCGCAGACGGGCCCACGACACGGAGGACGAAAGCUAUGAUCAUCGUCGCAACAAGCGCCGCCGAGUGUCGGAGAACCAGGAGAUCGAGGACCGCCUGGAGUCGCUGAUUCUGCGCGUGGGAGAGCGCAGCACCUCGUCGGUGGAGUCGAAUCUCGAGGGACUUGUGUCCGUGCUGGAGGCCGAUCUGGGCACCUUUCGCCUGAAGAUUUUGCGCAUUCUGUCCGACUGUGCCGUGCGCAUGCCAGAGAAGUGCACAGUGUACACGACGCUGGUGGGUCUGCUGAACGCCAAGAACUACAAGUUCGGCGGCGAGUUCGUCGAUCACAUGGUGAAAACGUUCAAGGAGUCGCUGAAGAUGUGCCGCUGGGACGCGGCCCGCUACUCGCUGCGCUUUCUCGCCGAUUUGGUCAACUGCCACGUGAUCUCGGCCACCAGUCUGCUGCAGCUGCUGGACACAAUGAUCGAUGUGUCCAACGAAGAUACAGUGCCGCAGGUGCGUCGCGAUUGGUUCGUCUUUGCCGUCCUCUCCACGCUGCCCUGGGUUGGCCGUGAUCUGUACGAGAAGAAGGAGUCGGCGCUGGAGUCGCUCCUCCUGCGCAUCGAGGUAUAUUUGAACAAGCGCUCCAAGAAGCACCACAAUGCAUUGCGGGUGUGGUCAUCGGAUGCACCGCAUCCGCAGGAGGAGUACCUGGAUUGCCUGUGGGCCCAGAUACGCAAGCUGCGCCAGGACAACUGGGCGGAGAAACACAUACCGCGACCGUACCUAACCUUUGACACGGUUUUGUGCGAGGCACUGCAGCAUAAUCUGCCGCAAAUUGUGCCGCCGCCGCACCACGAUGCCUUCGAGUAUCCCAUGCCCUGGGUUGUCUACCGCAUGUUUGACUACACCGACUGCCCCGAUGGGCCCAAUCUGCCCGGUGCCCAUUCGAUUGAGCGUUUCCUGAUCGAGGAGCAUCUGCACCACAUCAUCGAGACGUAUCACCACGAGCGCAAGGACUGUGCCGCCCAGCUGCUUAGCUUUCCGUUCAAGCACAAGAUACCCCUGGAGUACUGCAUCGUGGAGGUGAUAUUCGCCGAGCUUUUUCACAUGCCAACUCCUCGCUACCUGGACAUUUGCUAUGGCUCCAUCCUGAUCGAGCUGUGCAAGCUGCAGCCGGCCACACUGCCCCAGGUGCUGGCUCAGGCCACUGAGAUCCUGUUCAUGCGUAUCGACUCGAUGAACACCUCCUGUUUUGAUCGCUUCGUCAACUGGUUCUCGUACCAUUUGAGCAACUUCAAGUUCACUUGGUCUUGGGACGAGUGGGACAGCUGCCUGCUGCUGGAUGCCGAGCAUCCGCGUCCCAAGUUCAUCCAAGAGGUGCUGCACAAGUGCCUAAGGCUCUCGUAUCAUCAGCGCAUCACCGAGAUGAUGCCCACCACAUACGCCAAGCUCAUCCCGCCCACGCCCGUGCCCAACUACAAGUAUGCCAACGAGGAGGCAGCCAAUUUGCCGGGAACAACGGUGGCCCAUCAACUGGUGGUGGCCAUCCGCCAGAAGUGCACACCCGAGGAGGUGGUCAACAUAUUGAAGGAGAUACCCAGCAGCGGGUACAGCGGCGAGGAGAUGUCCGAUGGCAGCUUUAAUGCCUUGAAAAUUGAUGUUUUCGUACAGACACUACUGAAUUUGGGCUCGAAAUCGUUUUCGCACAGCUUUGCGGCAAUUUCCAAAUUCCACACGGUAUUCCGUGCCCUGGCCGAAACGGAGGAGGCCCAGAUUUGUAUUCUGCACAACAUCUACGAGCUGUGGUCAUCGCAUCCCCAAAUGAUGGUCGUGCUGAUUGACAAACUGCUUAAGCUGCAGAUCGUUGACUGUUCGGCGGUGGCCACAUGGAUCUUUUCCAAGGAGAUGACCGGUGAAUUCACUAAGAUGUAUCUGUGGGAGAUCCUUCACUUGACCAUCAAGAAGAUGAACAAGCAUGUGAUCAAACUGAACACUGAACUGAGCGAGGCAAAGGACAAGCUAUCGAAGGCGGACUCCUCGUCCAGCGAUUCAGAGGAGGAUUCUUCGCACAAAAGGAAGAAGCCCAUCACGCAUGCCGACAAGCCAUCCGAGGAGGUUGUUGAGCGCAUGGAGGAGAAGCUGGAGGCGGCGAAUGUCAACCAGAAACGCCUGUUCCUCAUCGUCUUCCAGCGCUUCAUAAUGAUCCUAUCGGAGCAUCUGCUGCGCUCUGACACAGAUGGCCGUGAUCCGGACACAGACUGGUAUCGCUGGACAAUCGGGCGACUGCAACAGGUCUUCCUCAUGCAUCAUGAACAAGUUCAGAAAUACAGCAGCACUCUGGAGACUCUGCUCUUCACAUCCGACCUGGACACGCAUAUAUUGGAGGUUUUCCAACAGUUUGUGGCCCUGCGUGCCUGAAGGAGCCCUCACUGCUCACCUGAAAAAAGAAAAAACACCUCUCUUUAGUCUGUUCCAUUUUUCCCUUUCUUUUUUUGUACCUCUUUUACCGUAAUGAUUUUUGAAUGUGUAAAGUAGAGUCCCCUACAACACACCUAGCGAUACUUUUUUUGUAUACAAAAAACAAAACACAAAUAAAGUGAAGAGCAAGAAGGACACGAAAGUACAAAGCU